ACUUCCAUUUCUAGCGAGGAGCAAACUGUGCAGGGAGCUAAUAUACAAAAGUCGGGACACCGUUCGUUUAAUAGGUCUGCCUCCUCUAGGCAAAACCCGAACCCGACAUCAAAACUAAAAGACACACUGAGCAGAAAGCCCAAUCGCAAGCACGACGCACUUUCUGCACACACGAGCACCAGCAGCACCACAUCGAUCCAGUCAUCACCCAUCGAGCCAGCUUCCUCUCUGCCCACGCUGCACACCACGCAUACACCACCGGCUUCCAGCAAAAGUAACCUUUUUGUGCGGGUCCUGCGACGCUUUUCGAGUAACUCCCUUUCCGGUAAGACGACGACGGUGAGCCCAAAAAUCGAAGUCGACGCCCCAAAGGUCAACCAUAACAACAACGGCGCUCUGAACGAACGGCAAACAACCGAUGUAGAGGUGCUUUGCUCUCAGGACAACCAGCGCAGGGAACACAAUGAGGACAAAAUGGAUGGCAAAACAGAGCCUGCAGAUGCCAAGAGCAACCAGAAAACUGGUCUAGCUUCGGGCAAUCCCAAAAAAGACAAGUCGGCCAAGGGGACGUCGCAAGCGGUUGUCUCAGACACCAAGAAAAUGGAGGCCAGGAAAUCCUCCUCAGACACGGUGAUCGAGCCGCUGAUCAAGCAGCAGGCUCCGCUGCACUCGUCCAAGACCACGCCCACGACCCUGACGGCGAACUUCGUGCAGAACAUUCGAUUCGUGCGCAAAAAUGUGGAGCAGUCGGGCAGGAACACCAAUCCGCUGCAGUUCGUUGAGCUCGAGACGGAGUUUCCGCGCGACUAUGAUGACAACAUCGAGAUGCUGUCCCGCGAGGCGGAGCAUUUGGAGGAGCAGUUCCGCACGCCCACGCGGUCAAAUGCCACGGAUGCCACCGCCCAUCAGGUGGCCGGCAUCAUCGACAACAUUAUUACCGAAGCGUCACGGAGUCUUACAAUCGAGAAGACUGAAGACGAUGUGCCAUUGAAGUCCUCCACCAAGCACUCGAGCGGCGUCAAGCGCGUUGGCUUUCAGGUCGAGGAGAAGGACGACACAGAAAUCCAGAGUGAAAAGCAGCCAAAGAGCAUCGACGAUAAGGCCAAGAAGUCGGAGAGCGCCGAGGUUAGCGUAGAGGAAUCUACUGUAACCGGGCUCUCCUCGGAUGCAUCUGCAUCCCUGCUGCCCUCCACGACCACGGUGUCCACCACCUCGUCAGCCACAUCGAUCACCAAGAGCAAGAGCGAUGAGGACGACGACCCGGUGGCCAUGUCCCCGUGCGGACGUUUCUUCAAGUACGACAAGGAGGUCGGUCGCGGUUCCUUCAAAACAGUCUAUCGUGGCCUGGACACGUUGACGGGUGUUCCAGUUGCCUGGUGCGAAUUACUGGACAAGCAAGUGAAGAAAAGUGAACGCACCAGAUUCCGCGAGGAGGCAGACAUGCUGAAGAAACUUCAGCACCCAAACAUUGUGCGGUUCUAUACGUAUUGGGAGUUUCCCAUUGGCCGCAAGAAGAAUAUAGUACUAGUCACCGAACUAAUGUUAUCUGGAACUUUGAAAUCCUAUUUGAAACGAUUCAAGAAAAUACACCCAAAGGUAUUGAAGUCAUGGUGUCGCCAGAUCCUGAAAGGCCUCAACUUCCUGCAUACUCGUCAAUUUCCUAUAAUUCAUCGUGAUUUGAAAUGUGAUAAUAUUUUUAUAACUGGCACCACUGGUAGUGUUAAAAUCGGCGACUUGGGCCUGGCAACGUUGAAAAACCGCUCCCACGCGAAAUCUGUGAUUGGUACGCCGGAGUUCAUGGCCCCGGAAAUGUACGAGGAGCACUAUGACGAGUCGGUGGACGUGUAUGCCUUCGGCAUGUGCAUGUUGGAGAUGGCCAUCUCCGAGUAUCCGUACAGCGAGUGCAAGGGUCCGGCCCAGAUCUACAAGAAGGUGAUCUCGGGCAUUAAGCCAGCGGCGCUGGCCAAGGUGGAGGAUCCCAACGUGCGCGAUAUCAUAGAGCGGUGCAUUGAACUGAAGAAGGAGGAUCGCCCCAGCUGCAAUGAGCUGCUGGAGUCGGAGUUCUUCGACGAGGACAUCGGCAUACGCGUAGAGCCCACGGCCUCGGAACAGUUCCUUUCGGAUCCCAGCAUCAGCAUCAUCGAGUUUCGGCUGCGUUUUAUGGACCCCAAGAAGCGCUCGUCGCGCCACAAGGAGAACGAGGCGAUCCAGUUCGAGUACAACAUCAAGCACGACGAGUACGAGCAGAUUGCGCAAGAAAUGAUGAAGGAAAAUAUUAUAUCGGAGGAUGAUUCGCGCGCUGUGGCUCGUCUCCUAAAGGUGCAGGUUGUGUCGUUGCUAAAGGAACGUGCCCAGCGUCAGACCCAGAUAAAGCUGCAAAACGAGAAGUCGCGUCUGGAGAAGCUUGCUUUGCAAAAGCAACGCGAGAGCUUGCCGACCAACGUCGAUGAAGACGAGGAAGAGGAGGAGGAGUCCGAGGACGAGGAGGAUGGCGUCAAAUGGAAUCAGCGUCUGCAGCUCAAGUAUGACCUACUCAACACUGAUUCGGAAACUAGCCUGGCUCUCUCCACGAACAGCGUCGAGCCCCAGCAACUGCCCACACGCUCGAACACUUCGAUCCCGAACACGGGCAUCCAGCAGCCUGUUCAGGUCCCAGUUCCUCUGGCCGUUUCCCAGUUGAUCUCGGUGCAGCCGCAGGCUAUCCCCUCACCGGCCAUUCCCAUGCAACAGAAGCCCACUGUGCACUACAUUCAGCCGCCGCAGCUGGCCUCUUAUCAAAACUCGAAUCCGACGAUGCAGGAGAUGACCAACAACCAGGUGAUCUCGCCCACGGGCAGUCAGCAGAUGCAACAGCAGCAACCCAUUGCUGCACCAACCGUCAAUCAUCAGAUGGUGCCGCAACCGCAGGUCAACCAACAACAACAGCAGCAGCAGCAGCCACAAAUGAUGCAGCAGAUGCCCCAGCAAGUUCAAGUGCAGCAAGUGGCCCCGCAACAACAGCCGCAAACUGUUUUGGCCCCACAACAACACGAGGCGCAACCACAGCAACAACAACAACAACAACCACUGGCAGAUCAGCAAAAGAGCCACCAGAUUCCCUUGCAGCAGCAGUUGCAGCAACUAAUGCACACCAAUGUGCAGACACCGGACUUGGCGCAGCAGCAACAAAUGGCACAGCAGCAGGCCCAGCAAUAUUUUCAGCAGCAGCAGCAACCACAACCGCCGGUUGCAAUGCAUCCAAAUCAACUUGCCCAGCAACAGCAGGCUUAUGCGAUGCAACAGGCAGGCCAGCAGCAACAGCUAUCGCAGCCGCUUCAAAUUCAGCAACAGAUUUUACAGCAGCAACAGCAGGCGGCUGUCUCGCAGCAAAUACUGCAGCAGCAACUGGCCCAGCAUCAGUUGCAGCAACUUCAGCAGCAGCAGCUUCAACAACAGCAACUUCAACAACAGCAGCAACACCAAAUCCAACAGCAGCAGCAGCAAAUCCAGCAACAGCAAAUCCAACAACAGCAAAUUCAGCAGCAACAGCAACAACAAUUCGUGCAGCAAUAUGGGCAGGCAAUGCCACAGCAGCAACUAAUAGCGGGUUCGCAGGUAAUGGCACCGCAGCAACACCAACAGCAGCCUAUGCAGAUCCCCGUUCAGAUGCAAGUGCCACCCACUUCAGUGGCUCCUGCAAUGCAGCAAUCAUUGCCGCAGACGUACAACCAGCAGCCUCCGCCAGUGGCACUUGGUGAUCCCCAACAGCAGCAGCAGCAUGCUGGAUUUGCGGCCGUGCCUUCGCAGCAACCACUAUUUGUGCCACAGCCCACACAGCAACCAAUACAGUUGUCCAUGCCUUUGGAGCAGCAAUUGCAACAGCUCCUACACAGCCAGCCGCCCCAGCAGCAGCAGCCACAGCAACCGAUGAGCCAGCAGCAGCAGCAGCAACCUUUAAUUCAGCAUCAGCAACCUUUGGUCCAACAGCAAGCACAGCCGCAGCCACAAUUGCAACCUGUUGUUCAACAGCAACAACCACAACAGCAGCAGCAGCAACCUCAGGCAGAGCAACACACACAGAUUCCUUCGCAAGUCCUGAUCCAACAGGAAAAUCCGCAGCCAAUCCAGGUUAACCAAGAACUCGCUGUCACCUCGGAAACCAUCUCUGCCCAAACCAAUCCCGAAAAUGGGCCCAAAGCAGAAAUUCAGACAUCUGUAGAGCAGCAGAAGCAACAAGCAUCAGCGGCAACCCGUUCCCAGAAACCAAGGCGAUCCAAUCGGAGCGGCAACGAAAGGAUUCCCAAACUAAGUGUUACCAGUGUGGACGAGGGCAGCGUCAUAAAUUGCCACAUGGAGAACAAACUCAAAACGAUUACAUUUAAAUUCGACAUUGGAGAUGUUAAUCCGGUUGAAAUCGCCAAUAAAUUGAUCGCCCAAGAUUUGCUUUCUAAUUGCCAAAGUACAGUUUUUGUGGAAAUGAUCAAUGAAAUUGUUGACCAAGUCAAACAGAAUCCCAAUCAAAUCCCUAUACCGACUAAUUAUCGCCGCAAUAUAGAAAAGCGGGAUGAAACCGCCAGCGACAUUACGAAGAUGUUCGAACCCACUAUCCAUGGUGUUGAAACUCUGCCCUCCGGCGGUGGAGGCGCUGAGUCGUCGAACCCCAAUUUGAGUUUCGAGACCAGGUCCAUCAUAACAAAUGCGCAAGAACCGCAGUUGAACGUUGGAACGCCACCCACAACCACUUCGACCAUGUCUUCCUCAUCAACCGCAUCGAGGGAUGCGCCCAAUAGCAGCAAUGACGUGACCAUCGGAUCCGGUUCCGUGUCUCGCAAGACAAGCACAGCCUCCGAAUACACAUCCCUGUCGAUUGACUACAUGCCCGACAGCAACAUAACUCCAACUGGUCCGGAGCCACCGUUCGACGACGCCAAGGACAGAUCACUGAAUGUGCAUCAAAAGCCCUGCUCCCUCGCUAUCGCUAGAAUGCAAAAGCUUUUGGAGUCGGCCGGCGGAGGGGCUCCGCGGAGCCUGAAUCUGCCCUUGAACCGUCACCUAAAGAUUCAAGAGGACUUGAAGCAUACCAGAAGCCUCGACGACUUGACCGCUGUAAAAAUAACCUUUGACAUGCCCAACAAGGCCGCACUGGAACCUUCGGAGAACCCUCAGCCCUCCACUGCGGUGGAAGCGGAAAAGCCGAAAGAUAAAUCCGCCCAGGCAGCGGGAGCCCAGGGAGCCGGAGCGGCCAACACUCUGGAGCAGUUGAAGAUAGAACUAGAGAAUAUAACUCACGCCCACGCUUUUGCCUCGGCAGUAGUGGCCUCCAUCAAUAACAGGACUCCGCACCAGGCCUCCCCGGCCAUGUCUUCACUCAAGACUACUUCUGGACAACCACAAGAGACAAACAAGUCAAAUAACGGAGGAGGAGCAUCGGUAGCGUCAGUGGGCCAGAAUACUCCCACUGCAGCGUUGACAUCUGCCAGGGGCUCUGGUUCCUCCGUCUACAAUUCGCGGCGCACUUCCAUCGACAACAGCAUGGGCUCAGAUGUUCACCUGCACACUGCCACUAAUCUGGAUGGGACUGUCAGCAACUCGGAUCCUACUCCGACUGAGGGAUCAGUUGGAAUCACCAUAGGCACGGGCCACGAGAAGCAACUGUCCAAGCAGCCCAGCUUGGAAAAACCAUCGACCACAUCCAUUUCAACCAACAGCAGUGAUCAGCCGCAAAGGAAUCCCAGUAACGGAUCACUGAAUCAAAACUCAAUAGCAGAUUUGGAAAAGAAACUUGCCGCUUUGCGAAAUACCGAAAAUGCAGAAGAGUCUGCUUCGGCCACAUUGUCGGUUGUAAGCAAGCCAAUCGAAGAGGUUGUGAAUCCGAGUGCCCGUAAAAUCUCGCGUUUCAGUGUCAGUCGCGUGCAGGAGCAGAAAACUUCAACCGGUGUGGAGGAACCUGCGCAGGGUCAACUGAAGAUCGACCUGCAGCUUGCAGGCCCUGGAGGCCAGAUGCAGACCAACAACUCAGUGCAGAACGGCAGUGUGGUCAACACGCCAACCGAAGUCAUCAGCUCUCCCAUUCAAAAUGUUCCGCUGGCCAUUAACGGAAUUCAGUUGAUUUACCAACAGCCCCAGCAGAUCCACCAGCUGCCUGGAGGGGCAAACACUUCCACAAGUGUAGCAGGGACUCAGUGCAUUGUGGUGCCCCAAGUUAUCAAUCAGAAUGGCACCCACAUGCAACAAAUGCCUAACCUACAAGCGCAGCAGCAACUUGUGCAUCAGAAUAUGCCUCAACAGCCUCAGCAGACGCCACUCAAUGGCCACACAUCCAUGGUUAACAGUAUCCAGCAGCAGCCGCAACAGCAAUCCAUGCCGAUGCAGCCGAUUCAGCCGCAGCAGCAGCAGCCGCAGAAUCAACUGCCUCUCAUUUCGCAGCAACAGCAGCAGAUAAUGAUGCAGCAGCAACAGCAGCAGCAGCAGGGCUCCCAGCAGGGAUCGCAGCAAUUUAACUUGCCUGGCACACAACAGACUCAUCCCCAGCACCAAUUCAUUCAGACGCAGCCGAACCAACUUCACUCGCUGCCGCCCCAAGUGGUGAGCAUGGCCCAGGGGAUACCGCAUCAGCUUCCACCCAUGCAGACUAUGUCGGCCCAGCAGCAAAUGAUCUCGCAGCAGCAGCACCAGAUGCAGAUGCAGUCACACAUGCAGCAACAGAGUGUGCCCGGAAUGUACAACCAGCAGACCGGAGCUUGUGUGGCAGCGCCACAAAACUUCCAGGGCUCUGUUCCCAAUCAUUUGUUGCAGCAGUCGCCACUGAUGGCAUCCCAGCAGCCCGCACAGCCCAUGCAGCACGUUAUGCAACCGAUUUUUAAUGCUUCGUCUGGUGAAGUUACCGAAGAGCCUGUAUCUCUAGCAGCUACCCAUCCGCACUUGUUGCCAAGCGAUAUACAAUCCGAUAUAAAGCACAAUCUAGACUCGUUGGUCAACCAAUUGUGCAACACGCGUUUGGGUACUAACCAGCACCAACGGCUGUUGCUGUUGCGUCAGAGACAACUCAUCGAGGAGGACGAGCUGCGUCUUAAACACUAUGUGGAAUACGAAAAGUUUCAAAAGGCACUGCGCCAAUCUAUUAGCACAAACGUUCCAGCGAAUGCAGCUUACUAUUCAGCAGCUGCCGCACAGCUUCCAACUAAUUUGGCAGCUCCAGCAGCUCCGUCCUCAUCGAAUCCGACAUCCACUAGCUCCGCAAACACAUAACUGCGCUAACUGUUUCGCUUCAUGCACCUUUGACAAGCCAUACUAACAGCUCUACUCUAUGUUCUCGGCAAUAUAAUUGGCUCGAGUGUGAGGACGUGGAUCUGGAGGUAGAUUUUAAGUAAAAAGUUGUCGAAUGUUACGGGGUUGUCUGUAAAUAUUAGUCAAACGCUUCUUGUUGAUAUGCCAUUGUUUUAUAUUUUUCUUUUUCUUUCUGUUUCACUUUUAAUUUAAAAUUCCUUAUUUCCGAUCUUGGCUUUCGUUUAUUUGUUUAAAAUAAAUAUUCAAUUUUUGUAUGAACUUUUUAAGGAAAUUGUACAUUUUAUUAGUAAAAAAAAAAACUGUAAAUAAACAUUUCGAUAAUGUAAUAAUAUAACAAUGCAUAUAGGAAUAUUAUAUAAUAGUCAUCAUUUAUUCAAAGUGAUGUAUACAUACCGCGUAGUUACUAAAUAAAUAACUUAUUACCGAACUGUUUGUU